AUGGCCGCUGUCGCUCGUGCUGCUCUGCGUAACUUCUCUUCUUCCUCCGCCGUUGCAUCGACAGCAACUGCAGGUGCUGCUAGCAAACUCCCCAAUGUCUUCUUUGACAUACAUAUCAACUCACAGCCCAAGGGCCGCAUUGAGUUCAAGCUCUACGACGCGGAGGUUCCCCGGACAGCCCGAAACUUCCGUGAGCUCGCCACUGGCCAGCAUGGGUUCGGUUAUGCGGGAUCCGGCUUUCACAGGAUAAUACCCUCGUUCAUGUUGCAAGGCGGCGACUUCACGCACCACAACGGUACCGGUGGAAAGAGCAUCUAUGGCGAGAAGUUUGCCGACGAAAACUUCAUCCACAAGCACACUCGGCCUGGGUUGUUGAGCAUGGCGAAUGCGGGGAGGAACACAAAUGGAUCACAGUUCUUCAUUACAACGGUACCUACGGAUUGGCUCGACGGAAAGCACGUCGUUUUUGGCGAAGUUGUCAAGGGCAUGGAAGUCGUCAAGGCUGUCGAAGAGCUCGGAACUGGCAGCGGUACACCCAAAGCCAAGAUUCUCAUUGCAAAGUCUGGCGUGGUCUCGGAGGAUGUCGACUAG